AUGAUAAUUGUUGACGGCGACAAAUACUCAUGUGUGGCUUGCAUCAGGGGGCAUAGAUCUUCUACGUGUCGCCAUACGGAUAGGAUGUUGGUUAAAGUUAGGACUAGAGGACGACCAUCACCUAUGGACAUUCGAAAAGUGAUCAUGGUUGAUGCGAACUCGAAAUUGGCUACUUCCGACGCUGAUUCUGGUGAAGAUGAGUCUAGUUCAUCGGGAUGCUGUUCUGGGAGUGUUUCUACGGCAGUAAGUGGUAGAGAGUUGUGUACAAAGAUGAACAAGCAGCCUAUUCUUUUCCUGAAGGCUUUAGAGACCCGGAAGGGUUUGCUUGUAGAUGGUGCACUGAAGAUCAUGGUCGAGCAAAAGGGACCCGACUCUGCUAAAAAGUUUAAUUUUGUAUCUGAAAAGGAGUUUAUGUUGAAGCAUGUAGAUGGUUAUAGUGGAAGUGAUGAUGACGCUUGCUCAUGCAAACACAGAGCCAAACGCCAGAAGGUGUCUUCCACCGAGAAUGAGAACGGUUGCGCUGAGAAGAACUACACUCCUUCAUCUUCUUCAAACGGCGUGCUAUGGCCUGAUCCAGCGCUGGCAGUGAACGGGAGUAGACCAGUUUUGCACGAUAUGGUAGAAGCGUUUACCUAUAAAGGUGUAUAUCUCAGUACCCAAUGUUCUUGCGAUGAUAACCUUUGUCAGUGUGCUAACUGCUUAAUCCACAGGAAAGAAGAAGAGCUGAAUGACUUUAUUCAGCAGUCGGGUAUUCCACUCACGUCGUUGGGUUCCGGCAGCAACCCACAUGUUUAUCCACUGUUGGACGAUCGCGAAGGGCAACUUACUGAGUUAACCCAAGAACAGCAAAACGGCAGAGCCGGGUCACUCACUUCGUUAGAGCAUACCGAAAACGGUGAAAAGCAUACGGCUAAAGUAUCUUCGGCUACUUGUAAAUGCACACCAGCUAACUGUAUUUGUUUAAAUUGUGAUGAACAUCCUCCAGAAAUUAUUUCUAUGAACAAGAUUCUAUUACAGGGUCUUGUGAAUUUAAAGCUAAAGCGGAAAAUACUAAUCCAAUAUCGUGGGAAACUUUUUCCUUCGAAGUUUUGGUGGGAUCUUUUAUCUGUUCGGUUACCUUCAAUGUCUUCAGAAGAGCUAGAAUCACUAGAUCUGCUACAAUGGUUUGAUAAUAUAUUAGAAACCCAUUCUACAGGCCUUCCGAGCGCUGAAGCUAUCCUUCCUGAGUUACACGACAUGUUAAAAGACUUUUAG